GUUAAUUUCUAAGAUGGCGGAAGAAAUGGAAGAGGACACAUGAUUUCGGGAAGUUGUUUUAGAAGUUUGGAACCUUGCUGAAACUUCGAAAAUAAUACUUUGGAUCGUAUAUUCUCAGGAAGUAGUGAUUUAGAUCAUUGGAAAUGCCAAAUAGUAGGCUAAAGAAGAGGCGUCUAACGCCAAAUGCUACCGAGAAAAAGGUGAAAACAAAGCGAGUUCGGAGAGACAGUGAUCCGUGUGUUUCCAAAUCAGAUAGUCCUUCAAAUAAAUGUGAAGAAGAAGGAAGCGAAGAUGUUUGCACUAACCUUACUCUUAAAAGUGUAUUGUCUCUCUCAGGUGACUUGGAAAAUGCUUGUCUGCUUUUUCUUGCCAAAGGACAGAGAAUUUGCACGAAAGGACUGGCUAAUGUUAAAGUAUUAAUUGGAGUUGUGAAUAUUCUUGGCUCAAAUAUUGGACCUGAACAUGAAGCAGUUCAAAUCUUUUCACCAAGUUCAUCAAGCCUUAUUUCAUUGUGUGAGUUUAGUGAUGCCAAAAUCAAACUGGAGACAAAAAAAAGAACUUUGAAAGAAACUCUUAAAAAGCAGUCAGCAGACUUGAUCCAAAAAGCUGUAAAAAGGGCCAAGAAAGCUGCCGCAGUUCUAUUGAUUUCAUCAUUACAAACUGUUGAGACCAGCUUCGUAUCCAGCUUUCAAUGCUAUGAGGGAAUCUUUAACCUGGAUCUUGACAAGAGUUAUUCAUUAAACAGUACAGAACUGGCUUUGAAGAAAAGGACUGCUGCGCUAGGAUUCAUUAUUUGCCUUUAG